ACUCAGAUUACUUGUGUAGCAGACACCUAACAAUGGCUCUCCCUCUGUGCUGUUUUCUACUGCUGAUCCUUCACUCUGCUCUGUCCCAAGAAAUCUCCGUUGCUGCACAAAUCAAGUGUGCGGAGUUAAUUGCCAAUAUAAGCUACAGCUGCGAUGGCCUGGGACUGAGCAAUAUUCCCAACACAAUCCCUCCUUCUACAGAAGUUCUGGACUUCAGCUUCAACUCGCUCUUUGCUCUUUAUCGUACGACCUUCAUGCAGCUAAAACGCAUUUCACAUCUAGAUCUGACAAGAUGCAACAUUAACAUGAUAUAUGAAGACGUGUUCCAGAUCAACAUUCAUCUAAACACCCUCAUACUGAUCGGAAACCCCAUACUAUACAUUGCAGAGAACAUAUUUGAUGGCCCAUUGGCCUUAAAGCAUCUCUUCUUACAACAAACCUCUCUAUCAAAUGUGUCUUUUAUCCCGUUGGAAAACCUGCAGCACCUGGAGACCCUCAGCUUUGGAAACAAUUUUAUCUCCUCUUUGCAGCUUCCCAGCAAUUUCCCUACAAAGAAUCUGAGGGUCCUGGAUUUCCAGUCCAAUUACAUUGCGAAGGUUCUCGCUACCGAUGUUGAAGUUCUAAAACAAAGCAAUAAUUUAAGCCUGAUAUUAAAGGCAAAUAAUAUUGAAUACAUUGAACCGAAUUCUUUCAGUUCCGUCAAUCUGUUCAGUCUGGAUCUUAAAGGCAACCCCGGUGACCUGAAGAAUCUUUUAGAGGGACUUCAUGGCUUAACAACCCAAAUUCUUGGAGUUGGUGGAUUUGAUGAUAGAGAUCCACCUUCUGAUGUCGAGGGCUCUACAUUACAAGGUUUAUGCAAUACAACUAUAAGUGAAGUCAAUUUCCAAUUCAGAUCAUUUAAUCCACUGCAGAGCGCAUUCUCCUGUCUAACUAAAAUUCAAAAACUAGAUCUGACCGGAGCCAAUCUAGAGUCUCUUCCUGCUCUUAACAGCCCUAUUGUGUUGACAGAGCUAAUUCUAAAUCAAAAUAAAUUGAACAAUCUUUCUGAUAUAAGCCCAAGCAAUUUCCCAGAAUUAACAAGCCUUCACAUUAACAGCAACAAGAAAACAAUCAUCUUAGGAGAUGGUUAUCUAAAAAAGCUUACAAAGCUGCAGUAUCUGGACCUAAGCCAUAAUGUGCUCGAUUCCAGUACCUGCUGCAGAAACCAACUCACUGGUCUUUCCAAUUUGAGAUAUUUUAAUGUAAGUUAUAAUACUUUACAAUUAUUAGACGAGAUUGCCUUUCUUGAAAACGACAAACUGGAAAGCCUGGAUUUCAGCAAUACUCAUCUUACUGUCCAUGGGCCUGGGAGUCCAUUUCGCAACCUCAAGUUGCUGAGAUAUCUGAAUUUGUCAAGGACAAAUCUGAACAUCAGCAAUGAGAGCUUACUCAAGGGCCUUGAAAGCCUCAUAUUCCUGAACAUGGAGAAGACCUCUUUCAGUAUGGACAUUAUUCCAAACAACAAUAUUUUCCUUCAAGCUCUACAGUUAGAGGUGCUCAUCUUAUCAUCCUGCAACUUGAUAUCAAUAGAGGAUCAGGCAUUUCAUAAACUGGUGAAGCUUCAAUAUGUAGAUCUCCGAAAUAAUAAACUAACUGCAUUUAGCAGUAAUGCAUUCGGUGAUCUAAGCCACAUCCACUUGAAUUUUGCUUUCAACAAUAUUUCUGACGUUGAUUCACACUCGGUCGAUCACAUGUCCGGCACGAGCAUCGUUAAUUUAAGCCACAACCCAAUUAAAUGUACCUGUUUCAACCUACGGUUCUUAGAGUGGUAUAAGCGCAAUGAAAACAUUUUUGAAGAUAAAGUUAAUACUCUCUGUGGAUACCCCAAAGCCUUAGAAGGCACCAAAUUGUCGGCACUACGACUAUCAUGCGGUUUGUCUGCUUUCUGGAUAUUUGUAAUCAUUCUAGGGACUCUAUUAAUAGCACUGGGUGUCGUAUUUGGGGUAAGGUGGUGCAGAAGAAAUGUUUAUUAUGGUAUUUAGUUCUGUUUUUUCUUUUCGGGAAGGUUUCUUUUUAUUAUUUUUUUUUUAUAUAUAUAUUUCUGUUUUUGUUGAUCCAUUGUGGCUUUGUUUUUUUUGUCAUAUAUUAAGUGAGACUGUACUAAGGUCACCACUAUUCUGUUUUAUCACAUGUACAUUUGUGCUGUUAUAGAUCAGUAAAUCCAAUAUCACAUUAUUUACCCUUUAUGCCAUUUGUCAGGAUUGCUCCCCUGAAUUUGUGACUUGUGCCCCCAGCUUAUUGUAUCUUAAUAAAAUACCCAUCCCACUUCA